AUGCCAGCCCCUCGUUCAAUCUCGAUAGUCGGUGUCCAUGCCGAGGGUGAGAUUGGGGAUGUCGUUGUCGGUGGCGUAUUGGACCCGACUGGUUGCUCCAGCAUGUACGAGAAGCUGGUCUACUUCCGCGACAAAGCAGACGAUACGCGCCAGCUGCUAAUGCAGGAGCCUCGUGGACGAUCCUCGCAGUGCAUGAACUUGAUUCUAGCCCCUUGCGAUCCUCGAGCCGACGCAGCAUUCCUGACCAUGGAGAGCGACGAGUAUCCUCCAAUGUCCGGUGCCAAUACAAUUGCGACAACUACCGUCCUUCUCGAGACGGGAAUGGUGGAGAUGAAGGAGCCAACAACGCGGCUCAGCUUGGAUACUGCGGCUGGGCUCAUCGGCGUUACGGCGGAUUGCGAAGGUGGAAAGUGCAAGGCCGUUGCAUUCGACAAUGUGCCAUCCUUUGUGCACGUCCUGGAUCUCAAGGUCGAAGUCCCUGGCUUGGGCACAGUGUCUGUCGAUAUUGCUUGGGGCGGCAUGCAUUACGUGCUUGUCGACGCACCGUCCGUCGGCCUUGCUAUUCGUAACGAGUGCGGAGCCGAUCUUGUGCGAGUUGGCGAGAAGAUCAAGCGUGCGGUCCAGGACGCGUACACACCGGUCCACCCAGAAAACCCGGAUAUCCGCGGCGUCACGGUCCUUGAAUUCACCGAGCCAUUGGAGGACGGCCCAGAAAACAGCAAGACUGCGAUCAACACCGUCAUUGUCUCGCCAGGCAGACUUGACAGGAGCCCCUGUGGAACUGGCACCUGCGCCCGCAUGGCAGUUCUCCAUGCUAGGGGUCAGUUGAAGGAGGGAGAGACGUUCCGGCACCGAAGCAUCAUUGGAACAGAAUUCAUUUGUCAGAUUCGCGGCACAACUAAGGUUGGGGAGUUCAACGCCGUGCAUCCCAGAGUGAAGGGAAGAGCCUGGCUCACGGGCUUCAGGCAGUCUACGCUUGAUCCUACUGACCCCUUUCCCGUGGGAUACCGGGUUGGAGACCACUGGCAUAUUCCGGGCCACGACGGGCAGGCGUAG